GGGUGUGGGUCACACAUGGGUGAGUCAAGGGCUCACACGGGGCCUGUUGGGACUGUGGAGCCCUGGGGGCCUGCAGACCCCUGUGGGGGGAUCAGUGGGGCCGUUGCCCCCCCUCACCCUACGGGCCCCUCCCGCCCCCAGAGCAAACUGAUCGCGGGGAAGAUCAUCCCGGCCAUCGCCACGACGACGGCGGCCGUGGUGGGCCUGGCCUGCCUGGAGCUCUACAAGCUGGUGCAGGGGCACCGCCGGCUCAGCUCCUACAAAAACGCCUUCCUCAACCUGGCACUGCCCUUCGUCGGCUUCUCCGAGCCCCUCGCCUGCCCCCGCAACAAGUACUACGAGGUGGAGUGGACGCUGUGGGACCGGUUCGAGGUGCAGGGGCUGCAGCCCGACGGGCAGGAGAUGACCCUGCGCCAGUUCCUCGCCUACUUCAAGAAGGAGCACCGGCUGGAGAUCACGAUGCUGUCCCAGGGCGUGUCCAUGCUCUACUCCUUCUUCAUGCCGCCGGCGAAGCUGAGCGAGCGCCACGACCAACCGAUGACGGAGAUCGUGACCCGGGUGUCCAAGAAGAAGCUGGGCCGCCACGUCAAGGCGCUGGUGUUCGAGCUCUGCUGCAACGACGAGAAGGACGCCGACGUCGAGGUGCCCUACGUGCGCUACACCAUCCGCUAGGGGGCGCCUCGCCCCGGCCACGCCCCCACAGACCACACCCCCGCACCCCACCCCUCCCCAUAGUCGUUGUUGUGUCGGUCCCGCCCACCGGGGGCGGGGCCUGGGGGCGGGGCGAGGGCCCCGCCCAAUAAACAUAGACGUUGGCAAA